AUGGGAGCUAUUAACUAUCUUAGGGAGAUUCAUAGGCGCAAGCAGUCUGACGUGAUGAGAUAUCUGCUGAGGAUUCGGGUGUGUGAAUACAGGCAGAGAGGAGAAUGUUUCCGUGUUGAGAAGCCAACAUUCCUUGAAAGAGCACGAACUCUUGGAUAUAGGGCGAAGCAAGGAUAUGUGCUAUAUAUUGCACGAGUGAAGAAGGGAAAUAUGAAGAGGAACUACCACAAUGGGAACACGCGAGGAAAGUGUGUGAAUGCAGGGAUUAAUCAAAUCAAGCCAUCUCUUAGGAAGCAAGCCAGCGCCGAGAUGGUAGCAGGUAAGAAAUGCCCUAAUCUUGGGGUGUUAAACUCCUAUUGGGUUGGGCAAGAUGCAGCCUACAAGUACUAUGAAGUGAUAAUGGUUGACAGACACCAUCCAGCCAUAAGAAAUGACAGCAAGAUCAAUUGGAUAUGCAAGAACACAAUGAAGCAUAGGGAGUGCAGAGGUCUCACGUCUGCAUCUAGGAAAAGUAGAGGGCUUGGAAAGGGAGUCAGGUUCAAUAAGUCGAAGGGAGGGUCCCGACGAUCAUGCUGGAGAAGAAGAAACACUUUGGUUCUCCAGAAGUACCGUUGA